AUGCUUCAACUCAAAGUUACCGUCCUACAAUGUUCCAACCUCCCCGUGAUGGACACCUUCUCCAAAAGUUGUGAUUCCUAUGUCAAAUUAUGGGCCAUCCACUACAAUGAUUCGCAUUUGUAUCCAAAUACUGACACUUGGCAGGAACCUUCCGAUUCUUCACUCGUCAAGAAAACAAAAGUCGUCAAGAAGAAUUUAAAUCCAGUUUUUGAAAAUGAGAGUUUUGUAUUCGAUUUUCCUAAUUUUGAUUUGGCGAGUGAUUCAUCUUCUGUGAAUUUGGAUCCGAUGGAUUCCUUGUUGAUGAUUAAAGUGAUGGAUUACGAUCGAAUUACGAGAGAUGAAGAGAUUGGAUUUGUAUUAUUGCAAUUCUUUGGUAUGAAUCUCAAGCUUGGUGAACGAUUGCAACAAACCUUCGAAUUGGUCGGAGCAAAAUCUGGAACCAUCGAAUUGGCCAUCGAAGCGAUUCAAUCCGUAUCCUCCAACUCUCAGAAUCGACAGGAUUACACCUCUCCUCCUCCGUAUCCAAUUUCGACACCAAUUACUGAAUUGUUUGGUCCAACUUUUCUCACCGUAGGUCCCGUGUUGGGAGUUGUGAAAUCGACAUCGGCUCGUGUAUUGAUUGAAUGUUCAAAAGCCACUACCUUACAAGUGGAAUGUAUUGAAAUUGAAUCGAGAAGUCACAUUGGUGUCAAAAAGGAAUAUCUUGACACGAUGGAAUGUAUUUCACACUCUGAAAAUACUCUCGGAAAAUCCUACAAGGAAUUAAUGUGUAAGAGCUUAAUGGGUCGUCUAUUGAAAUCAACCACUGGUGGUUCUCUCUCAAGUUCUGACUUUGUCAAUGAGAAGAAUAUUGUUCUCAAAAUGGUUCACGUUCCAAAAAGUAACGUUCCAUUUGUUUUCACUUUGGAUGGAUUGAAACCUGAUCAUGUCUACAUGAUUCGAUUUACCAAUAUUUUCAAUCGAGAUCACAGAAUUGGAAUUAUCAAAACCAUGGCCGAUGAUUCUCUCGUAGUGUCAUCUCUCCAGAAAAAAGUUGCCUUGCCACAUUUUCUCAAUGUCGCAUGUUUGAGUUGUAAUUUUAUCGAACGUAGAAAUCCCGAAAAGGAUAUGUGGCAACGUAUGAAAAUUUGUAAAGGUCGAAAUCAAGUCUCUCCUCAAGAAGAAGAAGCCAUUAAGGAAAAUUUCAGAAAAUAUUAUCGUCUCAAUUGGAAUCAUCCUGCAACACGAAGAUUUAUUUCACAAGUGAGCAAUUUAAUGAUUUUGGACGAUCAUGAAAUUCGUGACGAUUGGGGAUCCAAUGAAGCCGACAAACGCAAAGACACACCAGAAUAUUAUGUUGGAUCAUUGGCAAGACAAGUCUAUUGGGAAUAUCAACGAGCAUUACGUGAAGAUAUUGACGAUCGUGUCCGAAUGUCCAACAAACAUGAAGCAUAUUAUCACAUCAUUGGAGAUGUUGGAAUUUUGGUGUUGGAUUUGAGAGCUGCGAGAAGUUUUUUAUCCAGCAAUGCAGGUGAUAAGAUUUUCUUGGGAGAGGAUCAAUGGAAUGAUUUGAAUUCAUGGUUAUUUGGAACACAACAAGGAUCAUCUCCUCUCUCGACACCUCAAAUCAAAUCUCUCAUUGUGGUAUGCUCGGUUCCCUUAAUUUUCCUUAAUAAGAAAUUGACAGAGGCAUUACCUAAAAUGAGAUCCGAUUUGGAUGAUUUCAGAGAUCACUGGACCUUUGGAAAACAAUAUCCAGAACAAAUUGAUUUAUUAGAAAUGAUUCGAAAAUGGAUUUCUUCACAUCCCAAUCGAAAUUGUGUCGUGUUAGGAGGCGAUGUUCACAUUGGAGGUUCAACUACCAUUAAAAAAGAUGGAAAGAUUGUGUGUGAACAAUUGACAAGUAGUGCCGUGUGUAAUAUUGAAAUGUCCUUUACUGAAAAUGCAGUAUUGAAGUUUAUGAUCAAAGUGAGUGAAACUUUGAGAGAAGGAUGGACUUUUAAACAUCAUCAAUGGACCAAGGAUAAUAAUUAUGGAAUUGUGCAUAUUGCAACGACGGAAAAGGAUGAAAAACCAAGCAUUCAUGCUUAUUUGAAUACUUUUGACAAGUCUUACAUUUAUCAAUAA